AAAACGCACCCGUUGUGCAGUUGGAGACCAGUCGUUAAAGUCAGCCCGAUCAGAGCGGAGCCAGCGAGUAUAUAUCACACCGUUCCGGACCCAAAUCAACACAAAAAACACACAUCAAACAUGGGAGACUACACCUGGAUUAGCGCCAAUGUCUACGGACCCCUGCCGCCCGGAGCCAUCCUUGCUGGCCACGAUUCCGACCAGGAUCCCAUCUACGUGGGCCGUGCCUACCACAAUGGCGAAAUGCUGCCGGCGAAGAUCGUCCCCGGUAAACAGCAGGCCUACGUUCCCUUCGGCGGCGAGGAGAUCAGCAAACAUGACGUGGAGGUCCUCGUCGGUGAUCACUUCUCGUGGGUCUCCGCCAGCGGCGGCUUCGUUCCGCCCCACGCCAUCCGAGUGGGUCAAACUGGAGACGGGGAGCCCCUCUACGUGGGCCGCGGCUACUUCCAGGGAAGCCUCACUCCCGGCAAGGUGCACCCCUCGCACCAGUGCCUCUACAUCCCUUACGGCGGAAGGGAGCACCGUCUGGAGGCCUAUGAAGUGCUCGUCCAGCCGGAAACGUGGAUCGCCUCUCACGGACGCGGAAUUGUGCCCGGAACAGUGAUUGGUGGCCACGAUGCCGAUGGCGAUCAGAUCUAUGUGGGUCGCGCCUACCACGAAGGCGAUUUGCUGCCAGCCAAGGUAAUCCCGAACAAGGGCUGUGCCUAUGUGCCCUACGGAGGCGGGGAGGUGGUCAAGCACGACUACGAGCUGCUGGCCGGAUACGGAUACGGAUGGGUGCACGACAGCCACGGCAACGUGCCCGGCAACGCCGUCCUCUGCGGUCGCACCUCCGAGGGGGAGCCCCUGUUCAUCGGCCGUGCCCACCACCACGGAAGUUUGACCCCCGGCAAGAUCCACCAGUCGCACCACUGCCUCUACAUCCCGUUCGGCGGCGAGGAGGUGCGUCUAGACCACUACGAGGUCCUGGUCAAGGGAUAGGUUAUUCCGUUCUCCGAUGUCAACUCCCCCGUUUCGUCUGCCUGCUAAUUUAUAACUCAUCUUGCUUCAUUAAAAAUGUCUAUCCACUAA